UGUCUGAUCUGCCUCAACAGCUGACCCUCCAAAGUCGCAGCAGUAGAGCAGCAGCUCUCAGUGUGUGGGGAAAGAGGCACAUGAAAGUAGGACAGAGGAGUCUGGCCCCCUUCCGUUCGAACCAUACGCACAGAUCUGCGACAGGGGGAGAAAAGGCACUGGUCCUGGGUGGAGAGAGAAGAGAAGAGGCGACUUUCAGCUGGGCUGGUGGCGGUCGCUGAGGAAAGAAAGGAUUCAGAUCAGUGUGUCCUCAUUGCACCAGGGCACACCAUUUACUUUUCUACCAUCAGGGGUGGAAUACUGAACUGAUUCGGCAGCACCUGGAAACAUGCACAAGCGUACCAAGAUAAAGAUUGCCAUCUUUGUGUUGGUGGUGGGUAUGGCAUGUAUGUUCACAGCAGUAGUAACGGAUCACUGGGCCGUGCUGAGCCCAAAGGUGGAUAGACUCAAUGAAACCUGUGAGGCAGCGCACUUCGGCCUGUGGAGGUUGUGCAAGAAGUACAUCUACAUCAGCUCCGAAAACUACGUUGAGGGGCAUGGCUGUGGACCAAUCAGCCUGCCUGGAGAUGAAAACUGCACUUACUUCAGACAUUUCAAUCCAGGACAAGAUGCUGAGAUAUUUGAGUAUAAAACGCAAAAAGAGUACAACAUCUCUGCUGCUGCAAUCUCCAUCUUCAGCCUGGCCUUCAUGAUCUUUGGGACCCUGUGUUUGCUGGGAUCAUGCACCGGGAAAGGCAAAGGAAGAGACUACCUCCUUAAACCUGCUGGCAUGUUCUUUGCUUUUGCAGGUGUCUGCGCUUUCAUCUCACUGGAGGUGAUGCGUCAGUCGGUCAAACGCAUGAUUGAGAGCGAAGAUACUAUUUGGAUUGAGUACUACUAUGCCUGGUCCUUCGCAUGUGCCUGUAGUGGGUUUGUCCUCCUCUUCAUCACUGGCAUCACACUCCUGGUCCUUUCCAUGCCCCAGAUGCCCAGGAAUCCAUGGGAGACGUGCAUGGAUGCUGAGCCAGAGCAGGUCGAGUGAUGCGAUAAUGGGCCAACGCAUUCGAGGAUGAGUCCCGUGUUUUGUUUUGGGUUCAGAUGUUGGAUUUGGUUUAAUAACAAGUGUUUUUCAUCAAAGAAAAUGUUAGGUAAGGGAAACCUUUUGCAGGUGUUUUUUGUGGCGGAUUCUGUGUUUUUCUAGCCUGGCAAGCCAGACUAAAUAAAUGUAUUAUUUAGUCUGGCCAUGCUCCAUUGACGGCUCUCGGUUGUGGGGCGGGUUCUACCGUUGUCUUUCAAAUGAUCUCCGCGUUCCACUGGACAAUGAAUGUGACAUACUCUUGUUUCACUCUGUUGCAUCAUCCCACCCACCAGGCAUAUAGAGUGCCCUGAUUGGCCCACAAAGCGGAUAAAGCUCUGUGAUUUGUUCACUAAGCAGAUAGAGCACUAUGAUUGGCCCACCAUUAUGGACCAAUCACAGCUCUCUAUAGGGGGUUUCAAACACAUAAAGAGCUGUGAUUGGCUAGCCAGAGUCCUGGUAGGAGCUGCUGAGGUUCCAAUGGAGCAUGCCUAGACCAAACUUUGCAAAGCAAGAAUUUGGUCUAGUUCACUAGGCUAGUGUUUUUCAUAUUCUGAGUGACAAAUGACAUCCCAUAUCUGGCUGAACAGAAGUUAACCUUUAUGCGUUCACAAGCUUAGGCUCCAGUGUGUUUUUUUCAAGGAUUUCUUGCCCAAAACUUUCAACUAAAAUUUUAAGUUAGAUAUAAGCAUAGAAACACCAGGGUAACUGGGCUUUUCUACAUCACAUAACAUGUUGUACAGAGAUCAUCAGUUUUUUCAUGACAGCAGUCCGAAACCACUCACGUAAAAGGUCUAAUUAUCAAACCAGCUGUGGUUUAAAGAAAACUAUUACAGAUAUAAAGCGUUAUAGAUUUUAGGGAAAGCAGUUGCUUAGUGCAGGUUGUGUGUGUGCCAUCGAGGUGUGUGUGUGGGGCAGGCUGAAUACUAAACACCCACACACACUCUGCAGCACCAAACAUGUUGGAAGAGGUUCAGUUCUAGCAGGUGCACAUACAAGGCCUUUGCUUUUAGUUUACAGCCUCCAAAUCAAAAAAAUGUGCAUUUAAAUGUGUAUUUUGUGACCUUACUGAAGUAUUUGUAAUUAAAACUUAAAGGGUUACAAAUUCAAACCAAUAAAUUCAGCUAUUCUCACCCUUACUUUUCAAACUAGGAGAGCCUACCUGUUGUGAUUAGAAUGGAGAAUACAUGCAUUAAAGAGGUCAGAGAAAUGAUGUGGGGUCAGCUUGGUUUAAUCAAACUUUAUACGUAACAUACUUGAAAAUUAGACACAGAAAUAACACCUCUGCUGUUUUUAUUACAAGAAACGGUUGUGAUCGUGUGCAUAUAGUGAACUGUUAUACUUUUUCUGUGCAGAACGGUGGUUUCAAGUCAUUUGAGUCAGAACCAAUCCUGUUCAUGAGCUUGCUCAGGGUAAACGCUUUUGCUAGUGUAAUUUUUAUGAUUUUACGAUUUCAUUGCUCUUAAAGGAAUAGUUCAAGUAAUUUCAAGUGGGUUUCUGUGGAAAGAUUAUGAAAAAAGAAAUAUCCUACCUGGUGUGUACAGCUCAAACCAGAUUUUUUUUAGCAGAUUGACAAGCUAAUGGCUAGUCACAGUGGGUUUAUCCAAGGAGAAUUGUUGCAAUGUAAUGACAAACAUGCCAAAAAAAUUCACGGGGACUUACAUAAUGUCACUUCAUGACCCCAACAACCAUAACGAGGCCAUGUUGUUGAAAUUGCAAACACACAGGUCAAUAAAGUCUAUGGUAUAAGAGCUUAGAAUUAAACAUUUAUGUUCAUGAAAUGUAUUUGUAACAUUUGUGAGAUUAGUUGUGUUAAAAUUAGUAAUCCACCUUGUAACCAGUUUGCUGAUCAGAACUAAUCUGUAUUACUCCAAUCAGAAGUGAAACCCAACUUUGAACCAUCUCUUAACAAUUUAAGCUGCUUUAAUCUGCAAAACAAGCAAGCAUUUAAACAUAAACGGGCACAGAACUAUCAACCCUCACUUCAGCUACCAUCCCUAGGCCACGACCAGAUACGGGAGUGUAUAUUGCCACGGUAAACGAGAGUGCUAAAAACCCGUCUUUUUCUACAUCCAAACGUCUUUUGUUGUCCGUGAUUUCAAAAGGCGUUUUUCUUUUUGGCACUCUGGUAGUUUGCCCUAAAGUUAAAGUGGUAGCAGCCGGCUGUUUCUCCUUCUCUGAUAUUACUCAAUGAAGAACCCCUCACACUAGUGGUGUUCUGUUACAAAAUGCACAAGUGCGUAAUAAGUGGAGGUACCCAGGUACAGCUGAUGAAGAAAAGGUUCGAAAAGGCAGACGACCGGAUGGGCCAGUCGUUUCCUCAUUGAGCCGUGUUAUUGACUGAAAAACGACAGAACCACUUCAUUUUUUCAUAUUUAUAGCUAUGGGCUACUUAGAACGCUGUUAAGAAGCAUAAACAUAUAUCUUUAAAAUUAGCUUGUUUUGCAGAUUUGUCAUUGUGGCUUUUACUGUAUAAUUUACCAGUGAAGUUUAGACAUACCAACCAGUUUGGGUGUUUACAUCUUUCCCGGUACUUCAUAACUAAUCAAGACUAACAUUUGUACCUUUGACAUUAUUUCUAGUUUGUUUUUCACUAAAUUUGGCAUGCAGUUGGGUUUUUGAAUGUAGCUAAAUCUGUGUUUGGUACAUGCUACAACUUUGUAAAGAAAAUAAAAUCUUGAGCUUUAAACAUUGA